GGUUGUGGCGGCGGCGGUGGUGGUGGAGUUUGGACCAACCGAUGAAAAUCCCUGGGGGCUCGGAACGACUCGGCUCGGAGAUAGAAGAAUAUUCUUGACUUCGGGCACAGUCAGCUGCCGAAAGUCCGGUUGACUAGUCACAUCGAACGAGAACUUAUUAGUUCUAGUCACUUUUUUCUUCCAAACAACCCCGUUGGGGACUUUUUGUUCUUGCACCAGGCCGCUAGGCGUAGCCCGAAGGAGUCACCAUGGCUGACGAUGAGAGGAAACGCAUCGAGGAUGAAAAGAAGAGGAAACAGGCGGAGACGGAGCGGAAAAGGGCAGAAGUCCGGGCUCGUCUCGAGGAGGCUUCCAAAGCUAAAAAGGCCAAGAAGGGUUUCAUGACCCCGGACAGAAAGAAGAAACUCAGACUUUUGUUGCGUAAAAAAGCUGCCGAAGAACUGAAAAAGGAACAGGAGAGAAAAGCUGCAGAGAGAAGGCGUAUCAUAGAGGAGCGUUGCGGACAAAUGAAAGACGUUGAAAACGUUAGCGAAGAGGAAUUGAAGGAGAUUUGCCAAGAGUAUUAUGACCGCGUCUACGUUUGUGAGGGUCAGAAGUGGGAUUUGGAACGUGAAGUACGAAAAAGGGACUACGAGAUCUCCGAGCUCAACAGCCAGGUCAACGAUCUCCGAGGAAAGUUCAUGAAGCCGACGUUGAAAAAAGUCUCAAAGUACGAAAACAAAUUCGCCAAGCUGCAGAAAAAGGCGGCCGAAUUCAACUUCAGAAAUCAACUGAAGCAGGUUAAGAAGAAGGAAUUCACCCUCGAGGAGGAAGAUAAGGAGAACGCGUCAAAAGACAAGAAAAAGCCCGACUGGUCGAAGAAGGGCGAGGAGAAGAAGGUAAAGGAAGAGGAGGCGCCGGUCGAGGCAUGCGUAGAAUUAGUGCCGAUUUGUUUAGCCGCGUUGAAUCCCCUGUUAAAUUCGGAAUGUAUUGUAAAACAGGCAGCAGCAGCGGCCGCGGAAGCGGCGGCGGCAGCAGCAGCCGCUGAGGCAGCUGCAGCAGCAGCGGCGGCCGAGGCUGAGGCAGCAGCUAAAGCGGCGGAGGAGGCAGCAGCGGCUGAAGCCGCGGCGAAAGCAGCGGCCGAAGCGAAAGCAGCCGCAGAAGCAAAAGCCGCUGAAGAGGCGAGGGCAGCGGAAGAAAAGAGGGCGGCAGAAGCGGCGGCGGCGGCGGCAGCGGCCGCUGCUGCAGCAGCCGCAGCAGGAGAGGGCGGAGAGGGUGCCCCACCCGCGGAAGGUGCUCCACCGGCGGACGGAGCAGCCCCACCACCGGCCGAUGGAAGUGCGCCUCCGCCUGCGGAAGGGGCCGCCCCACCGGCGGAAGGUGCACCGGCAGCGCCACCCGCGGAAGGAGCAGCCCCAGCUGCUGCUGCGCCUGCACCCCCGGCCGAGGGCGCCGCACCGGCAGAAACUCCGGCACCAGCCGCACCGGCAGAAACUCCGGCACCAGCCCCACCGGCCGAAGCUGCACCUCCGGCGCCCGCAGCUCCUGCAGAAACUCCAGCCUCGUAACUUCAUCUCGACGCUAUUACUUCGCAAUCACGCGCAUCAUCGUCAUCACCAAUUUUCAUGCCCGAGUCUCUCCAUCUACGGACCUCGCGUUCAUCGCACCAUCGCGAACAACAAAACACCCCCCAUCCCGAUCGCUUUGCGGACAAGCCGAGAACCGAUCGAAAAGUUAAAUCAACGAUGUCUCGGUCUUAACAAUCUUGAGCUUUAUCUUAUCCAGUGUUAUCAUUAUUUUCAAUAAACGUUAGAAAACUUA